AAAAUCAUGCAUGAUAUUUGCAAUUAUGAUGCAUAUUUUGUUCAAAAGUGUGAUGCUACUGGGGUUUUGGGCCUUCUGCCGGAGCAAAAGCUUACAGCUGUUAUACGCAUGUUGGCGUAUGGAGCAUCUGCUGAUCAGGUGGAUGAGGUUGCCCGAAUGGGGAAGUCCACUACGUUGGAGGCUUUGGUAAGAUUUUGUGAUGCAGUUGAAAACCUGUACACUAGGGACUACCUGCGUAGACCUACUCCCAGGGACCUCCAACGGCUUCUACAAAAAGCCGAAGCUCGAGGAUUUCCAGGAAUGAUUGGUAGCAUCGACUGCAUGCAUUGGCAAUGGAAGAAUUGCCCAACUGCCUGGCAAGGUGAUUACGGAAAUAGGAAAGGCACAAAAAGUAUCAUCCUGGAAGCCGUUGCUGGCUUCGACACAUGGGUUUGGCAUGCUUUCUUUGGAGUUGCCGGAGCCCAAAAUGACCUCAACGUCCUGGGUCAAUCUCCGGUCUUCAACGAUGUUUUGAGCGGCCAAGGCCCCAAUAUUACCUAUGAAGUCAACAAUACAGUCUACCAGACGGGGUAUUAUCUAGCUGACGGUAUCUACCCAAGGUGGACCACAUUUGUCAAAUCCAUUUCGAAUCCCCGAUCCCAUAAGCAAAAAUUAUUUGCUACUUAUCAAGAAGGAUACAGGAAAGAUGUCGAAAGGUGUUUUGGCAUCCUUCAAGCUCGAUGGUUGAUUAUUCGAGGUGCGGCUCGUUUGUUUGAUCAGGAGAUCCUCCGGAGCAUUAUGAUGACUUGCAUCAUCCUCCAUAAUAUGAUUGUGGAGGAUGAGUACGAUUAUGAUGCUGGAGAGGUCUAUGAACCGGAUCCAAUAAACACGGCCUUGACCCGGAUUUAUGAAAGGCCCAUGGGGCCAAAUGGAGAACCGUUUGAGCUGGAACCGUUGGUGAGAGACGAUCGUAUGAUGACCCGGAUGAUAGAUCGAUAUACAGAGAUGCAAUCUUCCUAUAUUCAUGAAAGCCGUCAACUUGACUUGAUAGAGCAUUUAUGGACGGUGAAAGGGAAUGAAGAUGAAUGA